AUGCAUAGUCAACCUUUACCGACGUUUGAUCAAGCGCGUUCCAUGCUCCUCUUGGAGGAGGAGCGACUAGGAAAAGGCAAAAAGACCUGGCUUAACAAAGAUGAGUCUUCUUCUUCUGCUAAGGUUCUCAACGUCACCCCAAGCCAACCAGAACAGAAAUCAAACAACUCAAACUUUCAGCAACGCAACUUUCAAAACAGAGAAAACAGUGCCCGUAACCGCGGUAGAGGUCGCUCCACCAACAAUCAACAACGACAGUUCUUCAAUCAAUGGAGCGCACCAUACUGGCAAACAGGAUAUCCAAUGUGGCCACAACAACAGUUCAAUCCAUUGAUGCAGCUACCCCAGCAGUCGCACCCACAGCAGGGACUACUCGGCCCGCGUCCUCAACAACAGCUCCUAGUACAAGGACCACACAACAAUGCCGUUAAUCAGCAAAUACCCACCACAGAUUUCGCCUCAGCCUUCAACACGAUGACCCUAGUCGACCCCACAGACGGCCAGUGGUAUAUGGAUUCAGGCGCAACUGCUCACCUCACAAAUGCGGCAGGUAAUCUUCAAGUUUCAUGUUUAGUGGACCCAAGUUUCUUCUCACAAGAUAUAGAAGUAGAUGCUAAAUUUUUUCUAGUCAUAUUUUCUUUCACAUGUAGUAGGACUAGUGCAGUGUGUUGA